GUUAAUACGACUUCGAACACUUACCCUGAUGCAACGAUUAGACACGCUGGUCGUUGGGCUCGUUUCUGGCUCUUUAUCUGUUGCACCUCUCCUGAGUAUACCGACGGUCAGCAUUAAUCUUUACGACGAUCUCUCUCUCGUCACAAGAUGUUAUCUCAUCCGUCGAGUACACAAUGGAGGCAUGCUGUCGUUUAUUGCAUACUUUAUAUCUAAGUACCAGGAGUCACACAGAUUACUUCCGCGGCACCAACCGUUUCGUCCUUACACAUGGUAGACGUCGACCAGACUUAUUUCUAGACCACAUUGCAUGCAUAUUAAACGUGGCUUCGAUCCACGACUUAUCGUUCUUCAUGUCAUACAUACCCUGCAC